CAGUAUGGCGACGUGUCAAAAUGGCUGAUCUUAACAAAGAACUGAAUGAAUAUCUGCUUAGCAGUAAAAAUGAAAAGCAAUUCAAAAUUACGGUACCAUCAAUGGCACUACCGAAAACAAACAUUGGGAAAUGGUUCGGAAAAAACGGUGAUGACGAGAGAGAAGAGACGGGGUGGAUACAAGGUGCACAAAAGGAAUGUUGUCCUAGUAUGACACGGAUUCAAAGGCUGGUAGCAUUCGUUGUAUGUUUCGCCAUGGGCGUGCUGUGUUUCUGUUUGUCAGCAAUGUAUAUUCCGGUUUUAUUACUUAAAGCGAGAAAGUUUGCGCUUCUGUAUACAUUAGGAAGUGUAUUCUUUCUAUCCAGUUUUUGCUUCCUCUUGGGUCCAUUAAGUUACCUGAAAUCGUUAUUCACUGCUGAAAGAAGGUGUUUCACAGGGUCCUAUUUUGCUACAUUAAUAGGAACACUUUAUUUCGCUCUACAUUUACAGUCUACUCCUUUGACAGUACUAUGUGCUGUUUUACAAUUAAUAGCUAUGUUGUCAUUCCUAGUAAGUCACAUACCUGGAGGAACUAAAGGCUUAAUGUUUUUCACAAGAAUGUUCAAAUCCUCUGUGAACUCUACAUUACCUGUAUGA